GCUGAGAACUUCAGUCAACAAGAUGCCGCUACCGGGUUAACAGCUUUCUAGUGUGCGAUCGAUCGAUACGGGUACGACGACAUGCGGGGAUCGGUGUUGUGAUAUAAGGAAGUUGCGUGACGACACCAUCGCCCCUUUCGGUGUAAGGUGUUUUGUGUUUUGUGGCUGUUCAACUACGACCAAAAUAGUUUGCCUAAAGCUUUCUACAGCUUUCCACGUCAACACAGUUUCCCAUCUCAAACAUGAACCGCAAACAAAACCCUAAUCUAACGAUCCAAAACGAUCGACAACGUUUGCUCUCGCAACAGGCAAAUUGUGCUUUGCGUUGUGUGUAUCUAUUACGAUCGGGUCGUUGUGGCUUAAAAUCCACUAAAAAAAGCGUAAUUAAAAGACGCAGACGACGGUGACUCCUCCUGCGUUACAAGCUAGUUGCGGAUCCAGAGCAGAAAACAGAAGCCCCCGAUUGUGUGUGUCUGAAUGGUUGCACAAAGCGAUGACGAUACAGAAAAGCUGCGUCUUAACAGUCAACUUAACACAGCCAUCGAUUUCGCAGUCAUGAGAUUGAGCUUAUGUAAUACCUUCACGCGUGUGUGUGUGUGUGUACGUGUCGGCAGCAUAGGACAGUACGAUCUUCUGUUACAGAGGGCCAAACCCUACGGUGCAACCACUUUAACCUGCCACCGAACCCGGGCCAUAUCCUGUGCGAAGUGCGGCGUAAAAGAAAGACCCUGACCUAUUCUGCCGAUGCGAAGCCGAACUCUCUGUCCUUCACACACUUAUCUGUGACGACGCUGGACGGUUGACCAUCUCGUUAAUAGUUUCGCUAUCCUUUACCAUCGUGAUCGGUGUGUGCGUGUGUGUGUGUGUUUUCAAUAUUCUCGGCAUGCGAGGAGCUACACAACGCAGUCUUGUUUGCAUGUUUAAAAGAUCCAUUAAGCCGGACACGGACAUCCAACAACGCGAGCUCCUCGUCCCACGAAAACAAACGCCGUUUGUCUAUGAUGCUAAUGUUGUCGAAAAGAGAUCAUACGCUUGUCGGAAUGCUGGGUGACUAGUGCGCUAGUGACAACCAAACCCCGGAAAGUCCCGCUGCAGGGUCUUAAAGGCUGCUAUACUGGUUUACCUUUGCUUAGUGGCACCAAACAGGACCUUGAAUUUGGUUGCUGCUGCAUCCUUUGAAACCAGCUUGACCGCGCGUGCCUGCUUCCCGGGGGCCCUGCGCCAAUGGGAAUGGAAUCAAUGCAAAGGUCAAACGGGCCUUUUCUUUCUGGUUUGGCCAAAAAGGGUGAACUUGUGCUGCUGCGAAACGGUCUUUCCAACGCUUCGUUCGGGCGUAACGUGCGGAACGCGCAUUUGCGUUUGCUAUCUGCGCGUUUUGAUCCCAAUACACAGUGUGGCACCCCCGUUGAUUGCCAAACCGCCAGUUCGAUGGAUUUUGCAUUUCGGCACAAGGCUACGCCAACGGCAAAGUGUGUUAGCCAAGCGUUGAUUGGGGUGUAGUUUUACCAUAUGGCAUCGUGCGGAGUGUCCAACUUUUUGGACACUGACUAAGCUACCCCAACCUCUCCCGGACAGACUCUUUUGCUCCCGAUUUUCAAAGACCCGCUCGCCAAGCAUGUCGCAUGAAGACGAACCGUCUCAUCCGGCGCUCGGCGUUCCGUAAACCAGUUGCUCCACGUGAUGGAAACGAUGGAAAGACAAAGAAGUUCGAUGGUUCGACAAUAGAUCCCGAGCCAACGCGAAACAGAAGGCAAAGAAAGACGGACAAGCACAACCUGCGACUACCUGGCCACGCCGCGUGCCGUGCCGUGCCGUGCCUCUCUGCGGUGGAAAGGGAAAGUGCGUUAUUCUUCCACCCCGACGACGGUUGGGCUGUGAGCUUUCGCAGACCGAGCGCACCGACCGUCAGUGUCAGUUGGUGUUUGGAGGUGAUCGUGAACACAACAGGAACAACACAACACAGCAGCAGCAUCAUGACGGUCACGUACGGUGUCGAGAAGUGUCCGGAAAAGUUCGACGAGUAUCGGUGCAACCUGCCCGAGCAGUACCGGAAGCUGGCGGCGGACCAGCUGCGCGAGGACGAUCACAUCCGCAAGCAGGCCAUCGACCAGAUGCGCCAGUGGAUAGCGAAGCAUCCGUACAUCCGCCGCUGCCGCACGGAUGCCGUGUUUCUGCUGCGCUUUCUGCGCCAGCGCAAGUUCUCCAUCCCGAAGGCGUGCGAAAUGCUGGAACGAUACCUAGCACUUCGCCAGACGUUCCCGCACUGGUUCCAGGGGCUGGACCCGUUCGAGAAGACGAUGGUGGCGCUCGGCGAGGAGGAGGUGUUCCACGUGCUCGGGUUCGACGCCAAGGGCCAGAUCGUGAUACUGAUCAAGUCGCGCAACUUCCGCGUGGACAAGUACGUCCUGGAGGAUCUAAUACGGUUUCUGCACAUGAACAUGGAGAUUCUGUCCUGCGACGAGAUGGUGCAGGUGGCCGGCGUGGUACUGAUCGUGGACUGUUACGAAGCGUCGAUGGCACACUUCACGCUGUUCCGGCUGAGCGAGAUGCGCAACAUUGGGCCGUACAUCAACCACCUGCUGCCGAUCCGCUGCCGGGAAAUUCACGUCAUCCGGCUGCCGAAGGUGGCCGCGUCCAUCGUGGAUCUGCUGUUUGCCUACGUCAGCCCCAAGCUGAAGCAUCGGUUCUUUUUCCACAAAACCAUUAAUGAGGCGGUAAGCUACCUGGGCAAGACGCUGCUACCAACGGAGUACACCGAUCAAACCGAAGAACCGAAAGCCCUCACGCACGUGUACAGUAAGCGCAUCCGCGAAAGCCGCGACGAGCUGCAGCUGCUCGACCAGAUGGAGAUUGAUGUGGCCAAGUUUUCCUCCGUGUGGAGCAAGACCGGCUGUGCGCCGGGCGGUAUCGACGCGGGGAUGGUGGGCAGCUUCCGCAAGCUGGACAUCGACUAGCGUGUCUGUUGCGUGCGCAACAUUUACGUUAUAUUUAUAAGUGUAUUUCCGGUUCCAACUCUCUUCCACACGCCACUUCCCAUCUCCAUCGCGACGGUAUCAUAUCGGUAGGCUCAUAGGGUUGUAUUGUAUUGUAUUAUGUUUAGUGAUUAGCUGUUUUGGAAAGCAUAACUCACCUUCCAUCCGUUUUGUGCACGGUGUCUACCACAUACCGAGUCGGGUUUAUUCCACUCUUUAGGGUAUUAGAAGUUAGCUGCACUAAGAUAUCUGCAGAAAAGGGCCGCUGUAACGAGCUCACGAAUAAAAUGAUUAUAAUAAAACACUCAAAACCAA